AUGCCACCAGCUACAAGAGCUUCGACCAAAAGAACUGCAAUCGCGGACGCCAGAGAGAUCGUCUCUUGGAGCUCUGCUGUGACUGGUGAAAUUCUCCACUACGAGAGGUUCCACGUCUUCGAAGAUGAAGGAGAGGUGUUGUUCGUGCAACUGCGUGUGACGGACGAUGGUGAACUGGUUCCUUGGACCAUCGAUAGCGAAGAUGAAGAUAAAAGCACCAUAGUGACCGACGGCAGCCACUCAGAGAAAGAAGAAGCAGACACAGACUUCAUCCCGCAUGCAGAGGAAGAAGAGGAAGAAGAAGCAGACACGGACUUCGUCCCAGGAGUAAGACACGCCCGGCGCCGCCAGACCAUGAGGAUCAACAGACCAACGCCUCUCCCUACCAAAUUUUACUACGCUCCGUCAUACGCCGCCUUCUCUCUUCCCGCUCUUCUUUUGACUGCCCUGGCCACUCCUGUGUACCAACCUUCUCCUCCCGCUGGUCGCCAUUUCGCUGCUCCGGUAGUCAAUUUUACCGAAGACAUGUUCGAGCUGGAAGAGGGUGAAGCAGUCCUCGACCUCAUCGCCGGACCCCUGUCAGAGGCUAUUUUGCAAAGAACCUCGCAGUGCAACCUGCCGAGUCUGCUGAGAAACUUCCGCCUGUCUGACCUUUCUGAGGUUAAUGGCGCAAUCGCUCACGCGAUCGAGAAGGACUUCUAUGAAACUAUCCGCCCAGGCAAGUUCCGUGCUAACAGAUGGGUACUUGAUCCCCGCCCUACUAUCUUCCGUCCUACCAAUCCUGAUUACAAGGAGCUUGCUGGAAUGGGGCCAUAUUGA